AAGGAAGUGGAGAUCAUUCGCACAAAAGUCGAGAACCGGGCUUUGAAGAUUGCGAAGCCCGACGCGGACGGACAUUGGGCAAGGUUGCUGUGCAGCGAGAAAUACUGGCCUGAAUGGUCGGACGGGCCACAAGAAAAGCAAGAAGAAAAUAAAGACGAUGUUGAACGUGAUGAAGUAGGAGAUUCUUAUCUUGACUUUUGGAAAGAUGUUUUCGGGGCUGACCAGUUGCACGUUGUGGCGGUUGAAGGAGACGAAAAAUGAGCUACACAACUCGGCUAGUCGAUGUCAUAGUCCUCAUAUUCUUAGGUACAGUUGAUGAGUUUUUUCUUUAAGAUCAAAACGUGGCAAUGGGCCUAGGAUGGAGGGAGGCAUUACCGAAAUGGACCAUAACAAUAAAUCUCAUUUUAUAAUAAUUACAAGGCCCUGAGCCUGAGCUUGUAAGUAUCACG